AAUCACCGCCUACCGUCCUCACUCCUCUCUUCGGCUCCACCGCCUUCCUUCGUCCCCACUUUUCCCUUUGUCCCCACCCCAUCUCAAACUCCCCACUCUUCCCCGCCAUCUACCUACUAUCAGCAACCACAGGGAGAUUUCGAGGUCUCCACAUGCCGUGAGCAACGAUUUUGAGGUCUCCACACCGGCGCGUUCCACUUGACAAAGGUCAUAUCCUAGGGUUUUCGAGUGGUUCGAAGGUUGCAAUCAUACUGAUCAUAUAGAAGGACAAAUUUCUAUCUCUUUGGCGAUGCAGAACACAUGAUGUCUAUAUUAAGACAGUGGUAAAGAAUGGGUCAAAUGGAAUGUUUGAUGUAAAGAAUGGGUCAAAUGGAAUGUUUGAUGUAAAGAAUGGGUCAAAUGGAAUGUUUGAUGACUCACAAUUGGUUGAAGCUUUUUGUAUCUAUUAAAAUAGGCCAUGCCUUGUUGCAUGGUUAGACGAUGGUGAAAGAACUAUGCUUGCAAUCGUUGGGGCAGCUAAACAAGAGGGAGUGUAUGAUGAAGCUGAAAGAAGAAAGAUGUCAAAGAACUCAUUGGAGAGAAGGAAAAUUAAAAUAGAGCUCGCUUGCAUUAAAGAACUCAUGGGGGAGAAGGAAAAUUAUAAUAGAGCUUGUUACGUUCAUAGGCUAGAGGUCGCAUAAUGCAUUUUUUAAUGUGUGCGGAGAAGUUGGUUUCAUCUUCUCUGCUCUUAGUUUUUGGGUGAACCAAGAAUUAUGUGUGCCUGGAGGGAAUCAAGUGACUGACUUCCAGCAGCCAGUAUAAUAUACUCGCAGCAAAAUUACUUGCCAUUUAAGUAUGAUAUCUGUUUUUGAAGCCGUGAAAAUUGAUGGUUAAUAUCCCUCAAUUCUUCUUUCUCAGUGUCGUGGUUAUUUUUCUUUCUUGUUUUUGCAUGUUAUGGUUUUCGUGAAUGUAAUUGGCGCUUUCCGAAUUCACUCUUUUGGAACUGGAAUUGUUAACUCAAACAGGAACAAAGAGGAGAAGCAGACAUGGAAAAGGAUUGAGGGCAACGAUUGUAGUUGAAAUUCUUUAUUUUACAAUUAAUGUUUUCAAUGGAUAUCUUCAGCACAAAAGCACCAGAUGAGUAAACUGCGUUUCAGGACUUGAAAAUGAAGGUCUAAACAAGCACUUACAUGUUGGUUUGGAUCGCAGUGCAAAUGCUUUUGUAUUUUUGUUGAAGCAUCUGUGAAGACGUUUGAAUGCAUCCAACAAAGCAACACAAGUCUUUGCCGUUGUCCUUCAUUGAUCAUACAGGGAUCUUUGCAAAAUUGUCAAAUAUAAUGAAAUUUUCCCGAAUGUCUUUUAGCAGCCACAAGCAUGUGCCCUCCUUCCUAUCUUCAAGAUCUUCUCUGCCAUGGAUAUCUCCCCUUCAAUUUACAAAAGCUGCUGCACGUAAACUGGAUCCUCCCCCUGAAUUUGGCGUCAGUCGCACAGAAACUGGGAGGAAACACAAAUAUAUCUCUCACGAGUCUGCCAUCGACUUUAUGAAACGAGAAAAAGAUCCCCAACAUGCUUUCAAGAUGUUUAAUAUGGUAGCAGAGCAAAAGGGCUUCAACCAUAACAAUGCUACAUAUGCAACAAUUCUCCAAAAACUUGCACAAUGCAAAAAAUUUCAAGCUAUUGAUCAAGUUCUACAUCAAAUGACUUAUGAAACUUGCAAAUUUCAUGAAGGUAUAUUCAUUAACCUCAUGAAGCAUUUUUCAAAAUUUUCUCUGCAUGAAAAAGUGCUCCAAAUGUUUUUCUCCAUCCAACCAAUUGUUCGUGAAAGGCCCUCUCCUAAAGCCAUCAGCACUUGCCUAAAUCUCCUGGUGGAGUCAAACCAGAUUGAUUUGGCUCGACAGUUGCUCUUACAUGCCAAGAGGACUCUGAUUCAUAAGCCAAACAUCUGCAUAUUUAAUAUCUUAGUGAAGUACCACUGCAAGAGUGGAGAUCUUGACUCUGCCUUUGAAAUUGUCAAGGAAAUGAGAAAUUCUAAAAUAUCUUAUCCUAAUUUAAUUACGUACUCAACCUUGAUGGAUGGCCUCUGUCAAAAUGGAAGACUUAAAGAAGCUUUUGAACUCUUCGAGGAAAUGGUAUCAAGGGAUCAAAUCCUACCUGAUCCCCUAACUUAUAAUGUUCUAAUUAAAGGAUUUUGCUCUGGAGGUAAAGCUGAUCGUGCAAGAAACAUAAUUGAAUUUAUGAAAAAAAGUGGAUGCUGUCCAAAUAUAAUUAAUUACUCAACCUUGUUGAAUGGCUUGUGUAAGGAGGGGAAAUUGCAGGAGGCAAAGGAAGUAUUUGAUGAGAUGAAGAGCUUUGGUUUGAAACCUGACAGUGUGAGCUAUACUAUUUUGAUCAAUUUCUUAUGUAGGAGUGGGCAGAUUGAUGAGGCUGUAGAGUUGCUUAAAGAAAUGAAGGAGCAUGAAUGCAAAGCUGACAUUGUAACCUUUAAUGUGAUACUCGGAGGGCUUUGCAGAGUAGGAAGGUUUGGGGAGGCGCUUGAGAUGCUAAAAGAACUUCCUCAUGAGGGUGUCUAUCUGAACAAAGCCAGCUACAGGAUUGUGCUGAACUUCUUAACCCAAAAAUGUGAGCUGAAAGAGGCGAUAAGAUUAUUAGGGCUAAUGCUAGAUAGGGGUUUUCUACCUCACUAUGCUACUUCAAAUGAACUGCUAGUGCAUCUCUGCAAGGCUGGAAUGACUGAUUCUGCUGUUAUGGCGCUGCUUGGAUUGAUGGAGAAGGGGUUCCAACCAAGGCCUGAUUCGUGGGAAUUUCUGAUUGGACUAAUCUGCAGAGACAGAAAGUUGUUGUAUGUAUUUGAGAUGCUUGAUGAAUUAAUAUUGACAGAUUCCUAAAUUUAUAAAGCCAUGACAAAAUGUACUGUUGGUAUCAUUUCAUUCUGUAUUUAGACCUUUUAACGUGAAAGGUGCUCUUCAAGAUGUAAAGUUUCCUUUUGAAGCUCACUGUUCUAAAUGUUAACUUCCUUAUGGCAUGUGGCACCUCCACUGAUCA